CGAUUUCAUUUCACUAAACGCAGUCGAACGAAGUACUGUAUGUGUUAAAGGCUCAACGCGUCAGCCGUCAGCAGUUUAAAAUGCUUCUUGCUCUUCUUCUGUGUGUGUCGCUGUUGCAGGGGUUAGUCUGCCCACAAGAUUCGGUGACAACACAGAAACAAAAUCACAUAGAUCCGAAAACGACUCAGUCUUGUAACAUUAACAACUACAACAGCUUCUAUGCAGGACCAAACAAGAAGUUUGAGAAUCUUAUGCUGGACGUAAAAAGGCAAUUGGACGAGAUUCAAAUGGAGCUCAGGAACUUGACCAAGAAAGGUGACGACAAAUUGAAAGAUUACCACAAGAACUGUGCUGAGCUGUACAAAUCUGGCGAAAGAAUCAGCGGUGUUUACACAAUCGACCCUGAUGGUUCAGGUGCCUUUGAUGUGUUCUGUGACCAAACAACAGCCGGUGGGGGGUGGACAGUGUUCCAAAAGAGAAUAGACGGCUCCGUUGAUUUCUAUCGCGACUGGGCAGAGUACAAGAGUGGCUUUGGAAAUCUCAAUGGCGAGUUUUGGUUGGGGCUGCACAAAAUCUACCGCCUGACUAACAGUGAAAGAUACCAGCUCCGUGUUGACCUGGAAGAUAUAGAGGGCAAAACAGCCUACGCAGAAUAUGACAUGUUUGCCAUUACGAGCGAGAGGACUAAGUACCAGUUGAGUGUCGGAAAGUAUUCAGGGACUGCCGGUGAUUCUCUUUCUCUUCAUCGCGGUCAACCCUUUUCAACCAAAGAUCAGGAUAAUGAAAGCUACAGCAGCAACUGUGCUGUGCAGCAUAAAGGAGCGUGGUGGUACGAGACCUGUCAUCACUCCAACCUGAAAGGUGUCUAUCAUCAUGGCGCGCACUCAUCAUAUGCUGAUGGUGUCAACUGGUAUCACUGGAAAGGAUAUCGCUACUCCGCCAAGAGAGCUGAGAUGAAAAUCAGACCGGUUUUUUUUUUUAAAGGAAGCCGUUUGCACGAUCGAAACAAGCAAAAAAAUACUAAUUAUGAGAAUGGUGAAGCUGUGAAUGUCUUCAAUUUAACGCAGCAAUUGGUGUAUAAUUAUUUGUUAUAGAGAAGCUCUCGAACAGGCCUGAGCAAAACUGUAUAAAAAUCUACAGGAGACCUGGUAGUAGGAAAGCUGAAAUAAUCGUGUAAAAAUUUCUUAACACACAGUCAGACUCCAUUCGCGCAAAAGUAUUUGUUUAGGCUUUGAACAGACACUGAACUCAUUACCAGUGUUUGACACCUCAUUGGAAUGAACAUGAACAUUGAACAGCUAUCUUAAUCU